AUGAGUCGCCCUCUACUCUCCCUUGCGGAAUUCCCAAGGUUGCAUGAUCGCAGUCGGAAGACGGCAGAGGAGGCAGAUCUUCUGCACAGAAAUAAAAAGAAAGUUAGGGGUACUGAAGAUAAAGAAAAGGAAGCUGGAGUAGAGGAUACAGUACGCUCUUUCAAAGAUACAUUGAAGGGGGUGGAUUCGAUGAUGGAGGAAGGGAUUGAUGCAGAAGCUGUGAUGGAAGAAUUGAAGGGAGGAAUAUCGAUUAUUGAGCACCCAAGAGGUAAAAUUACGGUACCUGAGUUUAUUUUGUCAUCGAAAGUAGUAGAGCACAUUUGCAAAUCCUUUGCUCUAAGUCUAAUAGUGAAGUUGCUGGAUUGGUCGCUGGGAUUAGGGAAGAUCGAGGAGAGAUUACAGAGAAUGUGGGCCAAGGAAGGGGUGGUUUCUGUAGUUGAUCUUAGAAAUGAUUUCUUUGUUGUGACUUUCUCGAAUAAGGCUGAUUAUGAUCGGGUCCUUACUGGUGGUCCUUCGAUGAUCCAAGACCAUUACCUAAUAGUGAGAAAAUGGAAAAGAAACUUUGAUAUGAUUGUGGAACCUAUUGAGGAAGUGAUAGUUUGGGUAAGAUUGACAGAUUUUCCUUUGGAGGCUUAUGACGAGGUGAUUUUAUCUGCUAUUGGUAAUCGAAUUGGGAAAACAGCAAAAGUGGAUUUAUCAACUUCUUUGCUUGCAAGGGGUAGUUAUGCAAGAAUUCCAGUACAGGUUAAUCUGAAAGAAGCCCUUCUACCAAGGAUAAUCUAUGAAGGGAAGGAAUAA